GGACCAGCCACAUCCCCUGGGGCUGCAGUCGAAGCAGAACCAAGUGGCCAUCCCAGCAUAAGACAGAUUCCUGGCUCCUGGAACGGGCAGAGCCAGCAAGGGGGCAGGCAGCUUUUGCUCACAGGCCCCAGUGCCCAGCGCAGGCUAUCCGAGGGCAGAAUGGCGCUGCAAGUGGAGCUGAUACCCACCGGGGAGAUCAUCCGUGUGGUUCAUCCCCACAGGCCCUGCAAGCUUGCCCUGGGCAGCGACGGGGUUCGGGUGACCAUGGAGAGCGGGCUGACCGCCCGGGACCGGGUGGGGGUGCAGGACUUCGUGCUGCUGGAGAACUUCACCAGCGAGGCGGCCUUCAUCGAGAACCUCCGGCGACGCUUCCGGGAGAACCUCAUCUACACCUACAUCGGCCCCGUCCUGGUCUCCGUCAACCCCUACCGGGACCUGCAGAUCUACAGCCGGCAGCACAUGGAACGGUACCGUGGCGUCAGCUUCUAUGAAGUCCCCCCUCACCUGUUUGCCGUGGCCGACACCGUGUACCGAGCACUGCGCACAGAGCGGCGGGACCAGGCGGUGAUGAUCUCGGGGGAGAGCGGGGCAGGCAAGACGGAGGCCACCAAGAGGCUGCUGCAGUUCUACGCGGAGACCUGCCCGGCCCCCAAGCGCGGAGGUGCUGUGCGGGACCGGCUGCUGCAGAGCAACCCCGUCCUGGAGGCCUUUGGAAACGCCAAGACCCUCCGGAACGAUAACUCCAGCAGGUUCGGGAAGUACAUGGAUGUGCAGUUUGACUUCAAGGGUGCCCCCGUGGGCGGCCACAUCCUCAGUUACCUCCUGGAAAAGUCCCGAGUGGUGCACCAGAACCACGGGGAGCGGAACUUCCACAUCUUCUACCAGCUGCUGGAGGGCGGCGAGGAGGAGACGCUUCGCAGGCUGGGCUUGGAGCGGAACCCGCAGAGCUACCUGUACCUGGUGAAGGGCCAGUGUGCCAAAGUGUCCUCCAUCAAUGACAAGAGCGACUGGAAGGUCGUGCGCAAGGCCCUGGCGGUCAUCGACUUCACGGAGGACGAGGUGGAGGACCUACUGAGUAUCGUGGCCAGCGUCCUGCAUUUAGGCAACAUCCACUUUGCUGCUGACGAGGAGAGCAAUGCCCAAGUCACCACCGAGAACCAGCUCAAGUAUUUGACCAGGCUCCUCAGUGUGGAAGGCUCAACGCUGCGAGAAGCCCUGACGCACAGGAAGAUCAUCGCCAAGGGGGAGGAGCUCCUGAGCCCGCUGAACCUGGAGCAGGCCGCCUACGCGCGGGACGCCCUUGCCAAGGCGGUGUACAGCCGCACCUUCAGCUGGCUGGUCGGGAAGAUCAACAGGUCACUGGCCUCCAAGGAUGUGGACAGCCCCAGCUGGCGGAGCACCACCGUUCUCGGGCUGCUGGAUAUUUACGGCUUUGAAGUGUUUCAGCAUAACAGCUUUGAGCAGUUCUGCAUCAAUUACUGCAACGAGAAGCUGCAGCAGCUGUUCAUCGAGCUCACGCUGAAGUCGGAGCAGGAGGAGUACGAGGCCGAGGGCAUUGCGUGGGAGCCCGUCCCGUACUUCAACAACAAGGUCAUCUGCGAUCUCGUGGAGGAGAAGUUCAAGGGCAUCAUCUCCAUCCUGGAUGAGGAGUGUCUGCGCCCUGGCGAGGCCACAGACCUGACGUUCCUGGAGAAGCUGGAGGACACCGUCAAGCACCACCCGCACUUCCUUACGCACAAGCUGGCUGACCAGCGGACCAGGAAAUCUCUGGGCCGAGGGGAAUUCCGCCUUCUGCACUACGCUGGGGAGGUGACCUACAGCGUGACCGGGUUUCUGGACAAAAACAAUGACCUUCUCUUCCGGAACCUGAAGGAGACCAUGUGCAGCUCGAAGAAUCCCAUUAUGAGCCAGUGCUUUGACCGGAGCGAGCUCAGUGACAAGAAGCGGCCAGAGACGGUCGCCACCCAGUUCAAGAUGAGCCUCCUGCAGCUGGUGGAGAUCCUGCAGUCUAAGGAGCCGGCCUAUGUCCGCUGCAUCAAGCCCAAUGACGCCAAGCAGCCCGGUAGGCCUCUCCCGCCAGGGACUUCGGCCCAGCGGCAGGGUGCUGCCUGGGGUGGGGCUGUGUGCAUUCCUCCUCCUCUUGUCCCCAGAUACAAGUCACUGUGCCCAGAGACGUGGCCCUCGUGGGCAGGACGGCCGCAGGAUGGAGUGGCUGUGCUGGUGCGGCACCUGGGCUACAAGCCAGAAGAGUAUAAGAUGGGCAGGACCAAGAUCUUCAUCCGCUUCCCCAAGACCCUGUUUGCCACAGAGGAUGCCCUGGAGCUCCGGCGGCAGAGCCUGGCCACCAAGAUCCAGGCUGCCUGGAGGGGCUUUCACUGGCGGCAGAAAUUCCUCCGGGCUAAGCGAUCAGCCAUCUGCAUCCAGUCAUGGUGGCGUGGAACGCUGGGCCGGAGGAAAGCAGCCAAGAGGAAGUGGGCCGCGCAGACCAUCCGACGGCUCGUCCGAGGCUUCAUCCUGCGCCACACCCCACGCUGCCCCGAGAACGCCUUCUUCCUGGACCACGUGCGCACCUCUUUUCUGCUAAGGCUGCGGAGGCAGCUGCCCCGGAAUGUCCUGGACACGUCCUGGCCCACGCCUCCACCUGCCCUGCGAGAGGCCUCAGAGCUUCUGCGGGAGCUGUGCGUGAAGAACAUGGUGUGGAAAUACUGCCGGAGCAUCAGCCCUGAGUGGAAGCAGCAGCUGCAGCAGAAGGCCGUGGCUAGUGAGAUCUUCAAGGGCAAGAAGGAUAAUUACCCUCAGAGCGUGCCCAGGCUCUUCAUCAGCACUCGGCUUGGUGCGGACGAGAUCAGCCCCAGAGUGCUGCAGGCCCUGGGCUCUGAGCCCAUUCAGUACGCCGUGCCUGUCGUGAAAUAUGACCGCAAGGGUUACAAGCCCCGCGCGCGGCAGCUCUUGCUCACACCCAACGCCGUGGUCAUUGUGGAGGAUGCCAAAGUCAAGCAGAGGAUCGAUUACGCCAACCUGACCGGAAUCUCUGUCAGCAGCCUGAGCGACAACCUGUUUGUGCUUCACGUACAUCGUGAGGACAAUAGGCAAAAGGGAGAUGUGGUGCUGCAGAGUGAUCAUGUGAUUGAGACACUGACCAAGACAGCCCUCAGUGCCGACCGAGUGAACAACAUCAACAUCAACCAGGGCAGCAUCACAUUUGCAGGGGGCCCUGGCAGGGAUGGCACCAUCGACUUCACCCCCGGCUCAGAGCUGGUCAUCACCAAGGCCAAGAAUGGGCACCUGGCUGUGGUCGCUCCACGGUUCAAUUCCCGGUGAUAAAGGCGCCCGCCGGACCCUCCCAACCCCCGAUGCUUCGCUUACCUCCCCCCACAGCUGCCAAAGACUCGAACUUCAGACAGGGACCCAGGGAUACCCCAAAGCCCCCCUGCAGACUCCCGCCUUCUGCCCAGUCCUCUCCCGAGGGAGCAGAGGGGCCGGGAGCUCCCUGGGGGUGGGCCAGGCCGGGCCACAGCAAUGGCAAAGCCAGGGCCAGAGUGACCCGUGCCAGCCCUACUGCCGAUGCCAAAUAUUUGAGAGAAGGGAACUUUUGCUGAGGUUUUCUCUGAGAUGUUUUGAUGCUUUAUAGGAAACUAUUUUUUAAAAAGCCAUUUCCCACCCCAGGACACACUGGAUGUGUUUUCCCUGACUCCAGCAGGGCCGGGAAUGUGGCUGAGAAGUGGGGCGGGCUGGGCUCUGGUGCCCUCUUCCCUGGCCAGGCCACCCUCCUCCUCAUUCCCUUGGCGCCUUGCCUGUCUGUUCGCCCGUCCCCCUGCCUGCCCACUGUACCUCGUGCGGCCCACUGUGACUUCCACCUGGGGGCUGGGACCACCCUUGCCUGCCUCCUUCUUCCUGCCUAAAGAAUGCCCUUUUAGGUUGGGCAUGGUGGCUCAUGCCUGUAACCCCAGCACUUUGGGAGGCUGAGGCGGGUGGAUCACCUGAGGUCAGGAGUUUGAGACCAGCCUGGCCAACAUGGCAAAACCACAUCUCUACUAAAAAUACAAAAGCUAGCUGGGCAUGGUGGCGGGUGCCUGUAAUCCCAGCUUUUCGGGAGGCUGAGGCAGGAGAGUCGCCUGAACCUGGGAGGUGGAGGAUGCAGUGAGCCGAGAUCAUGCUACUGCACUCCAGCCUGAAUGACAGAGCGAGACUCCAUCUCAAAUACAAAAAAGAAUGCCUUUUCACUGUCAUGAUCAUUCCGCUUUGAGGGCGUGCUGGAGUGGGGAAAGACGUCUCAGACCAUAGAGGUCCCAAGACCCUUGAGAUCAUCUAGCCCAGCCCUGAUGUUUCAGAGCAGAAGGCGGAGAGGGGAAGGCCUUGCCCACGUCACACAGCAGGUGCUGCAAAACCAGGACUGCCAGCCUCCACGUGCCUCUCUGCUGCUCCCAGGGAUGGGGGCCUGUAAAACAGGUCUCUUAAGGGUGGAUCUGGCUCCCUCACCAGCCCUCAGCCCUGGGGGCCGCCAGGUGGGAAGAGCGCUUCUGCCUGGGUCCAUGCCUUGGUACGGCAGACAGGAUGUAGGGCUUUUUCUGGCCCCUGACCCCUCCCUGGCACGGGAACCUGGGGAAGGGGCUGGCCAUGGGAGGAGCGGCAGGGGCAUCACCUCUUUCUGCUGCUUCUCCCCACCCCUGCCCUCGGGGGCCUGGGGGCUGCCCAGCUGCCUCUGUGCCCUUUGGGGGUCUCAGCCCACUGCUGACACUUCUGCAAUCCAGAGAAACACUAAAUAAAGCAAUAUGUGUUUGCCA